GUCUGGGCCUCCGUGUGGGGGCGUGGCGUCUGCGCGAUCGUGACGCCCAUUGGCUGUCGUGUGGCCGGUGAGGCGUGGCUACGGGAGCCGGGCGGGCACAUUUCGAACCGUGGCUGGGGCUGCGGUGGCGGCGGCGGCAGGGAAAAAUGCACCCGGCAGGCUUGGCGGCGGCGGGGACGCCCCGGCAGCGUAAGUGGCCCUCGAAGCGGAGGGUACCUGUGUCCCAGCCAGGCAUGGCUGACCCCCACCAGCUUUUCGAUGACACGAGUUCGGCCCAGAGCCGAGGCUACGGGGCCCAGCGGGCGCCUGGCGGCCUGGGCUACCCUACAGCCUCCGCCUCGCCCCAGGCGGCCUUCCUGGGUGAUCCUGUGUCCAACAUGGCCAUGGCCUACGGGAGCAGCCUCGCCGCGCAGGGCAAGGAGCUGGUGGAUAAGAACAUCGACCGCUUCAUCCCCGUCACCAAGCUCAAGUAUUACUUCGCCGUGGACACCAUGUAUGUGGGCAAAAAGCUGGGUCUGCUCUUCUUCCCCUACCUGCACCAGGACUGGGAGGUGCAGUACCAGCAGGACACACCAGUGGCCCCGCGCUUUGACGUCAACGCGCCUGACCUCUACAUUCCAGCCAUGGCAUUCAUCACCUACGUCUUGGUGGCUGGCCUGGCGCUGGGGACCCAGGAUAGCCCAUCACCACACCCUGUGCUGGAUGACACUGAACCCAUCCUUCCCCGGCCUCUCCUAACCAGCUGCCCGGCCCCCACACACCCCCUGCACCCCGGCUCCAGCAGGAAGGUCUUGGCUGAGAGGUUCUCCCCAGACCUCCUGGGGCUGCAGGCGAGCUCGGCGUUGGCCUGGCUGACACUGGAGGUGCUGGCCAUCCUGCUCAGCCUCUACCUUGUCACUGUCAACACAGACCUCACCACUAUCGACCUGGUGGCCUUCUUGGGCUACAAAUAUGUUGGGAUGAUUGGCGGGGUCCUCAUGGGCCUGCUCUUUGGAAAGAUUGGCUACUACCUCGUGCUGGGCUGGUGCUGUGUGUCCAUCUUUGUGUUCAUGAUCCGGACGCUGCGGCUGAAGAUCCUGGCCGAGGCGGCGGCCGAGGGCAUCCCGGUGCGUGGGGCGCGGAACCAGCUGCGCAUGUACCUGACCAUGGCCGUGGCGGCGGCGCAGCCCCUGCUCAUGUACUGGCUCACCUUCCACCUGGUGCGGUGAGGGCGGCCCCGCGACGCCUCCAGCUGCUGCUUCCGGUGGCCACCGCGCUGCCGCCGCUCAUCUCCCGGCCACCUGCCGGCCACAGGGUCCGCCCCGCCGCCCGAGUCCCUCCCUCCCCAUCCUCGCCGAGGUGCUGAGAUUUCCAGCUGCACAGGCCGCCCCCCAGCAGUGCGGCCACUGUUCCAGAAACAAUAAACCGUAAUGGGCACGG